AUGACUGUCUUGUUUGACAACUCCGUUGAUUUCAACGAUCAGAAAAUUAAAUCAGAAGUUAAAGUUCCAGAGGUGCUGUUGACUGAAGAAAUGAUGCCAGAUUGUCUGUCUCUUCUCUGUAAGACUGGAGACGGACUUGCCCAUGCAUAUGUGAAACUUGAUGUCAAGGAGAGAGAACUUACAAACAUAGCAUUACUAAAAUCAUUUAUUCACCUGAGGUAUGUGGAUGUAAGUAAAAACAAUCUGAAAGACAUUUCACCAUUAAGUGCACUUACUCAUAUGUUGACAUUAAAUGCUAAUGAAAAUUUGCUGACCAGUGCAAAGUUGGAAGAGAUGCCGUUUUUACAGGUCGCUACAUUUAACAAUAACAAAAUCACAACAACAGAAGGGGUCAAUCAUCCGAUGUUGGAGCACUUGUCAAUGAAUAACAACGAGAUUACCAAAGUGUCUGGUCUUGAUGAGGCCAAGUUGUCACGACUACAUACAAUAGAAUUAAGAGGGAAUAAACUCACUACUACAGAAGGCAUUUGCCUGCCCAACUUGAAGAACCUGUUCUUGGGAGCAAACAUGAUAAAGCAGUUAGAUGGUAUGGACAAAUUAACUGGUGUAACAACAGUACAUCUCCGAGAAAAUCAACUUUCUCAGCUGGAUGGUUUCUCAGAAGAAAACAAAAUGUUACAGUACAUAAACAUGAGAGGAAACAAUACAUCAGAUGUAAAAGAGAUCAAGAAGCUGGCAUGUAUCCCCAUGUUGAGAGCCCUUGUAUUGUCAGAAAAUCCUGUUGCUGAAGAAGACGACUACCGUGUUGAAGUUUUGAUUGCUUUGCGGAAACUGGAACGUCUUGAUAAAGAGGAGUAUACUGAAGAUGAAAGAAAUGAUGCUGAAGAAAUGGCGGAAGCAAGAAAAGCAGAGGAAGCUAAUGCUGAGAUGAGGGAUUUACAUGUGCAUGGACCCACACGCUAUCAUAUUAGUUUUCGCGAUGACGAGAACGAGGGCGAAAAUGGCGACGAGCAAGAAGGGGUCGGACAAUGAAGAAGAAGAUGAAGAAGAAGUGGAAUAAAACAGAAUUGUCUCCCUUUUGUGAAAAAUUGCAACACAGCAUUUUUGCUUGACAAUUUUCUUUCUGUUUAUUAACUUGAAUAUAUUUAUUUACUGUCUUUGUGAAGAAAAGAUGGUGUUCGUACAUAAAAAAAUGUGAACAGAAUAUAAUAUCAAUAAUAGUCUGUUAAAAUAUUUUUCUUUUUCCUAUAUAAUUUAAAACUGAUGCAUUUUAUUCAUGAGAGAUAAAUGAUCUCACAUCAAGCCUUAUAUCAUAAGAGGUUGUUGCUGUAAAACAAAGAAGUAUAGAUCUUUGUGUAAAAACAUGAUCACAUGCAUAUUGGUAUGUUUUUUGGACUGUCUGUGAUAUCGUAAUAUUUUUUUUUAAUGGAAAAAAAUAUAUAUUUACUGAAAAAAUAAAUUUUAACAAUGUAA